AUGUCAUCCCCUCUAUGUGCAUCCAUCUGGCAUAUUGGGGUCUUCACCAGUCCUUUGCGUUUUGAUAACACUAGGUAUGGGAGUUGGAGACGAACUAUUCUUGUAGCCUUGUUUCUUAGAAAUAAAUUGGAUUUUAUAAAUGGAUCCUCAAUUAAACCUCCUGACAAUUCUCCCCUGGCGAGACAGUGGCAGAGGUAUAACGAUUUAGUCGUCUCGUGGUUAAUCAACUCGUUGUCCGAAAACAUUGUUCGUAAACUUGCCAAAGAUAUUUGGAGUGAGUUGGAGGAAAGAUAUGGUCAGGCAGAUGCUGCAAGAGUAUUUGAGCUUAAAAAGGAAUUAGCUCGCAUUUCUCAAGGCUCUCUUGAUAUUGCCUCCUAUUUCAAUAAGAUAAAGCAAUUAUGGGAUGAAAUUGAUGCUUUGUCAAUAAGUAGAGUCAGGUCUUACAGCAACUGUGGUUUUAAAUCUGAUUAUCAGAAGGAUGAUGAUGUCCAAAAGGUGUAUCAAUUUUUUAUGGGUCUCAAUGAUACAUAUGUGCAAACUAGGAGUAACAUCUUUAUGAUUAAACCAUUCCCUUCUGUGAGCAGUGUCCACAGUGUCUUGUUGUCAGAUGAGAAGCAGAGGCAAGUUUCUACCUCUCCUCGGUUUCUCCCUACAUUUGCUUCUUUCAAUGUUGGGGUGUCCAAACAAGGGUUUCCCUCCAGAGUCAAUUUUGAUGCUCACAAGUCACCUGUGUGA